AUGAGACAAUUUAAUAAUUGGCAUUCAAUUCCUGUAGAUCCACAGGAUUUCAAUUUGUUUUCGACUUUAAAUAGUGGUCAAGCUUUCCGCUGGAUUUUUAAUUCAACUCUGAAUGAAUGGCAUGGAGUAAUAAAUGGUCACUUAUGGAGAUUACGUCAAAUGGAGGAUUCUAACCCAGUUGAAUAUUAUUUUGAGAAAAAUUCGGAUAUAAAAUUAAACGACGUUCCUUUUGAUUUACGUGAUUACUUUAGAUUGGAUAUGAAUUUAUCUAAUCUUGUGAAGGAAUGGUCUUUAAAGGAUGAAUGGUUUGAGAAUCGUUUCUCUAAAAAUUGUCAAAUGGAUACAGCUCGUGGUUUACGCUUAUUAAGACAAGAUCCAGAAGAAACAUUAUUCUCUUUCAUUACAUCAGCUAAUAAUAAUUUAACAAGAAUAACUAAAUUACUCUGUAAAUUGUGUAGUGAAUAUGGUAAUCCAUUGUACUUGGGAAAUGGUGAUCUAAGGCAUUGGACAUUUCCAUCACUUGAAAUACUUGCACAACCUGGAAUGCAGGAUAAUUUAAAAAAGAUUGGUUUUGGUUAUCGUUCCAAGUUUAUCACGCUUGCUGCUAACUGGCUUUUGAAAAAUGGAGGUCGAUCUCGUCUACUUGAACUUCGUUCCAUGUCCCAUUCUGAAGCUCAGGCAUUUCUGCUUCAAAUACCUGGGAUCGGGAAGAAGGUUGCAGAUUGUAUAUGUCUUAUGUCGUUAGAUAAAUUAAAUGUUGUCCCUAUCGAUGUUCAUAUGCAUCGUGUUGCACGUGAGAAAGGAAUUCCUGAAGCAUCCUGUAAAAAUAUAACUACAAAAUCAUAUGAUAUUAUCUCAAAGUCUCUUAGUGAUUUUUGGGGAAAUUAUUCUGGAUGGGCACAAACGAUUCUUUUCUAUACUCGUAUGAUGGAAUCUAAACCUAAUAAGAAACUAAAGCAACGAAUCAGUCGUGUUGAUAUCAACAUUUAG